GGCUAAGCGGUGUGGACAACAACUCACCGUACCAAUUUCCGAGAGCGAGUACACAGGCCAUGGGCCUGCUCCAGCCCGCGCCCGCGGUGAUUGGCGCCGUCUCCCUGACGGCCAUCGUUGGGCUCAUAGUUCUGGUGCACUUCAUCUUUUGCAUCGUGGUUUUGGGUAAUGUGGACUCCUCCAAGCCCGUCACGGUGUCUGGCGUGCAGAUUUCUACCAUGUUGCAAAGUGCCGGCGGAGCCUUUUGCCUCCUUGGAUUGCCACUGACCGUGCACGGAGGAGUUGGUGCCAUCUACAGAGUACCCAGCCACUUGAACACCUAUCUGCUGUACCAGUUCCUCUCUCUGCUGGCUGGUGCUGCCUUCCUGAUCUCCGUGGCAGUCAACCAGCGGCCCUGUCAUACCAGAGAGUCCGUGGUUCCUGGGGAAUUGGCAACGAUGGUCUGCGGCCUGCCAUCUGGUGGAGCGUUAGUUCUGCUGGCAAUCUUCCUAGUGGUCGUUUGUGUCGCCAUGUACCUGGUGUGGUCCUUAACGGAAAAUACCAAGAAACGACUGGAGACGGACCUCUUCAGGUAUCAGGAACCCCUGCAGCUCAAAGCGCAGAUGGGCGAGGAAGCAAUGGCACAGGCGACAAAAAAUGCCACCGGGGGAGUGGCUGCAGCGCACCGCAUGGGAGUGCCUGGGGCUCUUUGGAGUUCCGCUGCGAUGUGACGCGUCACAGUCCAUUGACGCACUUACAUGAGUACAUGAGC